AUGCCAACAGUCUUACUCCCAUCUUCCGCCGCUGCAUUUGCGCCACGAUCAUCUCCGAAUGUUGUCUUAAACACCAAGGUUGAGCCUUGGUUGACGGCGGCCCUCAAGCGAGUUAACCGAGUCAAGCGUCCUUUGAACAAUGUUACCCAGCACACCCGGUGCCUGACAGAAACACUCUCAUCAACAAAUGCCAUCUGGACCUUGUGUUCCAUGAUGUUCACCAAAGUCCCCCAGGCAGAUCUAGAGAAGAAUGAGAACAUGCUCUGGGAAUCACUGCAGAACCACCAAAUGAUUCACAUGGAGGCCUACGUUGUACAUGUCGACAUGGUCUCCCGUAACGAGGUGGCCUUCAAGUUGACCCCGGAAACCAUCGAAGCCCUCGUUGAUUUCCACAAGGAUGUCUACUCGGUGGAUGCCGCUGCCAAUACAUACAACUGGCCAGGAAAGCAUGGUGAGUUGAAGAGGUUACAGGAGGAGUUCGUUCAAGCCGCCAACAAGUUUGUCUACCGCACCAAUGCUCAGGCUCUCGAAGGACUGGAAGAGGACGGCGCUGGAGAGCUAUUGAGCGGCCGCAGCGAAGAAGCAAAGGCAGCCAUCGGCAAGCUCUUUGUCCCACUGGUUGCACCUUCACUACCAGUGACGGAUGUCAUGCGCCCAAUCCCUCUCCUGCCCAGUUCGACAGGCCCGGAAAACUGGUGGCAGAACCCGGUGCCCCAGCCAGCGCCACUCGAGUCGUGGAAAGUACUGUCGCCCAGCCCCAACCCGGCCACCACGGGUGAUUCUAAUCCGAAUCUUUGGGCUAGUCUCAGUUUCAGUGAUGCCCAGCUUGCCUCUCCGACCCCGUCUUACAGCCAACCUUUCACUCCCUCGCCGUUCCAGGCUUACGAAUGCCUACCGACCACCUGUAUGCCAACCCCACCGGCCGCUCUCAGUCCGCUCCCGUUGCCGAACAUGUUCCCGACCAUGUUCCCGAGCAUGCUUAUACAACCCUGUAGCACGGCUGUCAACAUGGGUAUGGGGGGGCUUCACUUGGGGCGACUUUGCUCCGAUGCCAUAUGGCACGAUCGCCUAACUCAGCCCUCCCGAGUAGACUCGGUGAUGUCGACCAUUCCCAAGUCCAGGCUCUCCCGGCUUGUGCAACGUGAGGUUGAGAAACGUGGAUCGUUUCUUGAAACUAGAUGCGGGCGCGAUUUUCGGUUUCUUCGCGGCUCCUCGCGGCUCCUCAACUCCCCCUUCUCCUCUCUCGUCUAUCUCCCUACCGGGAACCCGAUUCCAAGCAACGACAAUUCGCAUUCUUGA